AACACGCACACAUGCACACACACUGUCCAGUCUAACCCAGCCCCUCUGAUCUAUGUGCCCACUUAACUUCACUCUAAUAUUGGUGUGCGCCUGUUUGCCAUGAAGCACAGUUGGAUUUUUGUUUGCUAAUUUCAGCAAAGAUGUGUUCAUCUUCUGUGUAAAGCCAAGAGUAACAAUGUUUUCCAGAGUAAGUCUGAUUCUGAUCGGAGCUGCGUACAUCUACUAUCAGGUCAACGCAUUAGACUGUGGCAUUGCUGAGCUGGAUUUGGAAAAUAACAUCACGAUGGAGACCCAGACUAUCUUGUCAGGUUUGAACAUGUCAGUGUCAAUCCAGGUGGUGCAAGCGGUUUCCGUCAACGUGAUGAUUUCAGAAAUCGAACUGGUUUCAGAAUGCUUUCUGAUUGGAGACACAACCAGUUGCAAUUGCUCUGUCGGGUACAGUUGGAGCAACGAAGUGUGCUACAAUUCCUCAUGCUGCACCGAAACAACUUGCACACAAAACGUGGCCCACAUCGAACCACUCUGCGUUGCCAAAGUCCAAGUUUCAAUCUAUGGAACUGUUACACUGACGUCUGGAUCCUGGGAUGCUGACAAAACUACACAGCUGAAGAGUGCGUUCGGAUCUCGAUUGAAUGGCUAUGAGUCCCUGAACGUAACUGGUAGCAGCGGCGGAACUGCUGACUUCAAGGCAGUCGUCUGCAUCAAACUAAAGACCUCUGUACUUAAUCAAUUGCUGGAGGAUCUGAUGGCCAAUCUCUCAGCUAAUGUUCGGGUCGACAAUGUAGGAAUGGUCAACAUCACAGCUCCAGAGGAUAUCGUGUCCUACGAGUCCAGCCCAACACUGAAAUGCACAUUUGAGGGGUCAGUACAUAGCACUGGCUGGAAGUUGAUCAGGGAACAAAAGCCUUUGGAGCUCACGAGUGGUACUGUGGUGACUCUAACAGACUGCAGUAGUGAUCCGAAAUACAGUUCUUGUAUUGCAGUUACACUCAACAAAGUGAUCAGCUCCGGGUCAGGUACAUAUGAGUGUCGAUUCACUUUUGGGUCAGUCACACACACAGCCAAGGCAAAGCUGAAAGUGGCACUCCUGCCUGAAAAGAUCACCAUGAAAAUUGAUCCACCUGUUGCAGACUGUUCAGACAGCAGUAACUUAGAAAAGCCUGUGAUUGUGAAUGUGAAUGCCACCAUCCAAAAUAGCAAUGAGAGCUACAACGUUUUCUGGCAGUUCCCUGGAGCGGGGCUAAAUAAAGGAUCCAAACCAGCUUCUGAAGGUACCCUGGUCUUUUCUUUCAAGUCUGAGUUCUCAUGCAGGAAAAUGAAUGAAACAAAAUGGGAAGUCAGUUUUAAAAACCAAAAAGGACAGACGAAAAAUGAAAGCGUGAAUAUCCUAGUGAUUAGUGCAUCGGAAAAAUAUUGCACUGAAAAUGACAAUUGGCCAAAAACCCCAGGAGGAGGUACAGUGAUUAAUCAGUGUGAAAACGGCAAGACUGGUUACAAGUCUCGUACUUGUAGUAAAGAUGGCGAGUGGCAGACAGUGUUCUCCUCAUGCAUCAGCGCAGAGUUGAAGAAAGUUAUAAAUGCAGCAGAGAGCUUCAAGACGGGCAUAGGGGCUACACAGGAAGCAGCCAUGGGGAUCUUUCAAUCACUUAAGGACACCACUAAAUCUAAUUCUAGUAAUGACCCUGCUGGAAUCAGUGCUUCUAUCAGCAUAAUGAAUGUAAUGGCCACUGGAUCAGAAAGCAUCACCUUGAAGGAAGAAGUCUUUGAUGAUUUUCUCAAUGCAGCGAGCAAUUUAUUGGCCAACGACUGGACAGGAGUCAACGAAUCUAUAACAAAUGACAUGUCAUUACAAUACCUUGACGGUGUGGAGAAUCUGGUGAAGAACAUCCAAGUGAACAACACUUUGAAUAUCUCCAAACCAAACUUGGACCUCAAAGUCUCAAAAGGGGACUGUAAUAUCUCUGUGUUAAAUGUCACUGUUAAACUCAACGAGACUGGCGUACAGUUCAAAACUGUAGGUGUGAAAAAUCUGAUGGAUAAAUUAAAUAACAGGUUUAAACCAACAGCAACAGCUCUGCAUAACCUUAUACUGAUAGUCACAAAGAACGGCAGUUCGUCCACCGAGAUUACAAUGGACUUCCCCAUCAAGCAGCUGAACGACACUGAACUACACUGUGUCUUCUGGGACACAAAUAACAGGACCUGGUCAGACACAGGUUGCAGAGUUGAACGUGAUAGUAAUCACAGUCUUAGUAAUCACAGUGAUAGUAAUCACACAGUCUGCAAGUGCAACCACCUGACUUCAUUCGCUGUCCUCGUGUCCAAGUAUGAUACACCUGACGAAGGCAAAGAUACAUCUGAUGUCAUCCUAAAGAUCAUUACCUAUGUUGGCCUGGCAGUGUCCAUCUGCUCUCUGGUGAUCCUCCUCAUCAUUGAGGCUCUCGUGUGGUCUGUUGUGGUCAAGACUGAUCUCUCAUAUUUCCGUCACACAGCACUGGUGAACAUCGCUGUGUUCCUCUUGCUCGCUGACUGCAGUUUUUUGGCAUCUAUGUCACCUGAGAAGCUCAGUGCUCACUGGUGCUUAAUUUUGACCUUAUGCAAACACCUAUUUUAUUUGGCCAUGUUCAGCUGGAUGCUGUGCAUGAGCGUCAUGCUCAUCCACCGGCUCAUCUUUGUCUUCAGCCCGCUAAGGAAAAGAGUCUUCAUGUUCCUAUCCAGUAUCGUAGGCUACGGUUGCCCAGUUCUCAUUGUGGGAAUCAGCUAUGUGUAUUGCAGAUACAAUGAGAGGGAAUACUAUGAAAAGGCCACAUGCUGGCUAGUUUUUGAUGGAACCUUGGAUGGCUCGUUGUUUGCUUUCCUCCUCCCUCUGGGAACUGUCAUUUUCACAAAUCUUUUUUCCAUGGCGGUCGUCAUUUUUACUCUGGUGAAGUCCUCCGCCCCUGAUGGCAGCAAGUCGGAUGACAAGGAGACAUUUAAGAGCAUCAUUAAAGUGGUGAUCUUUCUCACACCAGUUUUCGGAGUAACAUGGGGUAUUGGCUUCCUUCUGCUAAUAUUCAAGGACCACAAGGCAUACCCUUUUCUUCUGUACAGUUUCACCAUCCUCAAUUCCUUCCAGGGCCUUUUCGUGAUGUUAACAGGGGUUUUUGCAGAGCCAAAGGUACGUCAAGAGCUGUUAAAGCAAAUGGAUAAAGGAAAAUAUGACACCAUGAAGAACUCAACCUCAGCCUCAAACACAAAAGAAAGAUGAAGGCAAAGGUGGUGCCGAGAGAAACAGCAACUCACAUGUACAGUACAUGAAGAGAAAAUGACCUAGAGUUUAAUUUGCGGUAAAUUAUAGUUCCUAGACACUUACAAAGGUGUAGAUGUUUCCCCUAAAACAGGUUUAAUUAUUAAGUAAGGUGUAUGAUAUAAUCUGGUGUUUCUAAAUGUUGUAUACACAUAGAAAAAAAUUGCUAAGACAAUUUUAUUCAAAAGGAAAGUCUGUAGAUUGAAAAAUGUAUCUCAAAACUAUUAAAACAUAGAAAUAAAGAAAAGGGAAAGAAAGGGUUUUGGUUACACUAGGUGCGAUUUAAAUCGUUAUUCACAACAGAAAUAAUGUGGCAGAAAACACUUGAUUACUUUUAUCAUACAAAUGAACCACACUCAGGACAUAGAAGUGCUGAUUCCGGGUUCUAUAUUUGGAAAGUCUUUAGAUCUGUCUCAAUGAACAAUUUUAUUUAAAAUAUAUUAGGAGGUAUUAAAGAAAGGUCCAAGAUAAAUUGGCAUAUUUCCCCCUAAUAUUGAGUUUACAUUUAGUGUGAUUUCACAGCUGAAUGAUGCAGUGGCCGAGUUCGUCCUCCACAGAGUGUUUCACUGAACUCUCCUGAUGACGGUGACGAUGGCUAUUGUCAGAAUUACUGUCCCGGCUGCACCACCAAUCAGAGCUCCCAGAAUGCCGCUGUGUGUGUUCACUUCCUCACAUCUUUUUCCAGUGUUGUAGGUGUCCUGGUUUGUGGUACACCUGAAAAGCAGCAGUCACACACAUCUGUUUUAAUCAUUCAAAAAAUUAUACAACAAAAAUUGCUAAGAACUGCAGGUUUCACAUGAAUGCACGUCCCAAGCUUGUAUUUGCUAUAGUCCUCAUGCACUAACAUGUGUCACCAGGCUAGCAAGAGUAGGUUGAUUAAUUUUAUUAUUGAGUUUUAUAGGACAGUUUGACAAUUUAAAACUUGCUCACUUGAUUUAUUUUAUAGGUUAGAUCAUGUCAAGAAUAAUCAUGAUCUCACCGCUGAAAUAUGAGCAUAAAGUAACAUGUAGCAUUACUUCUCUGGUUUGCUUAUAUAACCUCUAUUAUGUUUAAAGUAACAUGCGUUUAACACAGUGACGUAUCAUGUUAGAGAUGAAAAAGUUGGCAAUGUAAUCAGAAUCUUUUAGAGUUUUGGGGUAGAUGUUAGAUAUUCUUCAAAAACGUUUAAAAUACUUUUUUUUCUCUUUUCGUAUGUGUUUCUUUUCCUAAGAAUAAAGGUUUUAAGUUGACCAUUCUUCGACUGUGUUGAAAGCAUUAUGCAUGAUGAAGUAAUGGGUUUGUGUUCAACCAUGAAGUGCAGGAUGAGAAGCUAGAUGGAAGAUAACAUGCUGUGCAAAGGUGGUGCAGCCACACAGAAAUGUGACACGAUGUUUGCAACGUGACACGACUCUUAAUAUAUAUGAUAGAAAAUGCUAGAAGUUGUUAGAUCUAUACCAUAUCAGUUCAUGGCCCAAGACUGGCCAUUUCUAUUGGUAGUGUGUCAUAUAAUAAUGAGUUAGUAAGCUUUAGAGUUCAAGAGAAUGUAAAAAACGUGAGAAGGGUGCUGGUCGGUUCUUUUAUGGCUCCUUUACAAACAACGGGACAAAGACCCCCUCCUCAGCCUAGAAUCAGAAGAACGGGUAAAACGGACACUUCUCAACUUAGAGAAAGUUUCCACACAAGAAAUAUUCAAAUUGGAAAAUAUGCACUUAGGAGAAGAAACCUUUAAAAUAGAGAAAUAGCCAACCAGCUGAAGAUUGCAAUUGGAUUCUGAAAAAUCACUGCGACCAAUCUGCCAUAAAAAGACUUUGACUUUUUAAAGAAGAUUUUAUGACUUUGUAAUAAGUUUUCAAUUUUAACAAAAUUCAAGUUUCUUGUAGGAAAGGAGUUUUGAAUAAAGCGGUGCUGGCAUUCAUUCCUUCUCACUAAAUUUAUAUUAUUUCUCUGAAAGCGGCAGUGUAUAUAUAUUUAAUCACAUUCCCUCUUUUUUUUUUUUGUACGUUUUACUUCUUGUAUGAAUCUUUACUUUUUACUCUCUUAUUACAUUUUUUUUUCUUCUCAUUUUAUUACAUUUUGUCCAUUACUUCUUUUAUAAGUUGUGACUUAUUACUCUAUUAUUACUCCAAAUUUGUACACUUUUUAUUAUUUUUACUUAUUACUCUUUUCAUUAAAAAUGUACUUUUGCUAAUUGCAUGUAAUAAAAAAGAUAUUCAGAUUUAA